UUGCAACGGCUCGUUGCGGGAGAGCGUCUUUCAGAUUUCAGCCUUCAGCCUUCAGCCUCAGGCGCCCAUUGCUGAUCGAGCCGCCAUUCGUCUGCUCUGAUCUGUUCCACGGAGCUUUUUGCUGAAGAUUUGGACGAGAAGUGAUUCCAAUCGAAUUCGUUAGUCUGAGAGCAGGGCUCCGAGCAGGUUUGGGUUUAGACGGAGUGAACAAGCGCUGGCUGCCUGAAAUAGGAUAUUAGAAGCAGCGAUUCAGGGGCCCUGCAACCAGGAGUGAAGGAUGGAUAGCCUCAUUGGUCUUGUGAAUCGGCUCCAACGAGCAUGCACAGCGCUGGGGGAUUAUGGAGGGGAGAGUGCAAAUGCACUGCCAACGCUAUGGGAAAGUCUUCCGUCUGUGGUGGUUUUGGGUGGUCAAAGUUCGGGAAAGUCAUCGGUCCUGGAGAGCAUUGUUGGCAGGGAUUUCCUUCCCCGUGGUUCAGGCAUUGUCACGAGGAGGCCCCUCGUGCUGCAGCUGCAUAAGACGGAGUCGGAGGAUGGGGCCUCAGCUCAGGAGUAUGCAGAGUUCAUGCAUGCCCCGAGGAAGCGGUUUACUGAUUACGCGGCUGUUCGUAAGGAGAUCGAGGACGAGACGGCGAGAGUGACAGGCCCUGGGCGUAACGUCUCCCCUGUUCCCAUCCACCUCUCAAUAUACUCACCCAAUGUUGUGAACCUGACGCUGAUGGACCUGCCCGGGCUCACAAAAAACGCCGUCGAUGGCCAACCAGAGAGCAUCGUUACUGAAAUCGAGGCCAUGGUCCGGUCCUAUGUUGAAAAGCCCAACUCGAUCAUCCUGGCCAUCUCCCCAGCCAAUCAGGACAUUGCCACGUCGGAUGCGAUCAAGAUGGCUCGCGAGGUGGACCCAACUGGAGAGAGGACGUGGGGAGUGCUCACCAAACUGGAUCUGAUGGACAAGGGAACCAAUGCGCUCGAUGUGCUGGAGGGUCGGUCGUACCGGCUGCAGCACCCGUGGAUCGGCGUCGUGAACCGCUCGCAGCAGGACAUCAACAAGAACACGGACAUGAUGAGCGCGCGCCGCCGCGAGCGCGAGUUCUUUUCGAGCAGCCCCGAGUACUCGCACCUCAGCUCGCGCAUGGGCAGCGAGUACCUCGCCAAGCAGCUCAGCAAGUACUUGGAGCAAGUCAUCAAGUCGCGCAUCCCCGGCAUCCAGUCGCUCAUCAACUCCAGCAUCGACAACCUCGAGUCCGAGCUGGACACGCUGGGCCGCCCCAUCGCAGGCGACGCGGGCGCGCAGCUCUACUCCAUCCUGGAGCUGUGCCGGGCGUUCGACCACGUCUUUAAGAGCCACUUGGACGGAGGCCGCACCGGCGGUGAGCGCGUCUACCAGACGUUCGACCAGAAGCUGCCCGCGGCGCUGAAGCGGCUGCCGUUCGACAAGCACCUGUCGAUGCAGAACGUGCGCAAGAUCGUGGCCGAGGCCGACGGCUACCAGCCGCAUCUCAUCGCGCCCGAGCAGGGGUACCGCCGCCUCAUCGAGAGCGCGCUCGUGCUGCUGCGGGGGCCCGCGGAAGCCGUCGUCGACGAGGUGCACUUCGUGUUGCGCGACCUGAUCCGCCAGUCCAUCAACGAGACGGUGGAGCUGAAGCGCUUCCCGACGCUGCAAGCCGAGAUUGCGGCCGCGGCCACGCGGGCGCUCGAGGCGUUCCGGGACGACAGCAAGAAGCUGGCCACCAGACUAGUGGACAUGGAGGCGAGCUACUUGACGGUGGAGUUCUUCCGCAACCUGCCCGUCCAGGCCGCGGCCCCGGAGCCGGAAGUCAAGGGGACCACGGCUCGGGUCAAGAACGCGCUGGGCAUUGACCGGUACACCGACAACUCCCUGCGGACGAUUGGCUCGAACGUGUCGGCGUACAUCAACAUGGUCUGCGACAAUCUGAAGAACUCGAUCCCCAAGGCCGUGGCCCACUGUCAAGUGCGCGAGGCCAAGCGCUCCCUCCUCGACGGCUUCUACACCAACGUCGGCGGGCGGGAUAGUAAAGAACUAGGCCGGCUUUUGGACGAAGACCCGACCUUGAUGAGCAGGAGAAAGGCGGCCGGCCAACGUUUGGAUCUCUUGAAGCGCGCUCGGGACGAGAUUGAUGCAGUCGGUUGGGGCAAGUAGACUGUAGCCAGCAGUCGAUGUUCUGAACAUGAGGGCACCAUUUUCCAGAUUGAAUCGUCCUACUCAGGCAGACUAGUGAACCGUGUGCAUUGAAGUUUCUGUAAGCUUUGCCGGCAAUGAAAAUCAGUCCUGUGGCCUCCCUACUUGCUCAAAGGUAAGAUGACCUGAGUGGCUUGUCUUGCAUAUUGGUAUUUGAC